UAAAUGCAACCACCUGGGUGUAGUGAAAGAUGGGUGAGGUGAGGCGACUACUAACUUCAGCACAGGUGACUACCGGACCACACCAGUCAGUGUCUUCACUAACCCCACGGGAGGGGGUGACGGGUGGUUCACCAUUGCUUUGCACUCUGCGGAACUCUCAAGAAGCGUAUAGCAGAUAUCUACUCAUCAUUAGUGUUGAACCCAUACCUGAACCAGCAGAGGCGCGUUUGAUUGUGGUGCACUCUACAGAUUACGAUAUUGCGGUUUGCGGGUGCGGAUUUAUCAGGCUAGCGCGCACGAGUCUCGGUCGUCCCGUCGGUCUCUUGUCGUAUACAGUCGUCGUCGUCGUCAUCAUCAUCAUUUGCUACUUCACCGGCCGGACGGACUGGAGCUUGAGGAGCCCAAACUUUUCAAAUCGGGCGCGCUCAGCUCAGUUUAGAUCUAGACUCGGUCUAGUGCGGUUUGGUUGUUUUUUUGUUCGCCAAUUUUGGAUCGGAUUUUGCCCACCUGUUUAUGUGAUUGGUUGCUUUCGAAUCUGGUUCGAUUGUUGGAAUAAUUGAAGCUGAAGACGGUUGCGGGUGGAAAAAAAUAGUUCGUGCUCGAGUGUUGAUUUGAAGUGGUUCGCGGGUUUUUGCUUCAAGUGGUUAGCGUUUAUACAGCAGCUUAAUCUGUUUGGAUCAGUGCGCUUUGUGUGAAGGGCAAAUUUAAUAAGGGUUGCUGAUAAAAAAACGUGAAGCCGUCCAACGUAACUCACCGCUAAAACAUGCGCCAAGGUGGUCGGCUGGACCGAUUCUGGAUUGCACUGACGCGCAAGAAACGCAACGAAGAUGACGGAAGCGACUCGCAGCUGGCCCGUGUCCUCUCGCUACUGGAUCUAACCGGUCUGGGGGUGGGCAGUACCCUUGGUUUGGGGGUGUACGUUCUGGCCGGAUCGGUGGCAUACGAGCAAGCUGGCCCCGCCGUUGUUAUUUCGUUCCUGGUGGCGGCCGUGGCCUCUGCCAUUGCUGCCCUCUGCUACGCAGAAUUUGCCGCCCGGGUACCGAAGGCCGGAUCCGCUUACAUCUACAGUUACGUCAGUAUCGGCGAAUUUGCGGCCUUUACGAUCGGAUGGAACCUUAUUUUGGAAUAUGUCAUAGGCACAUCCAGCGUGGCCCGUGGCAUGAGCGGUUACAUCGAUGAGCUGUCCGGCAACAAAAUCAGCACAGCCUUGAAGGAAACCAUGGGCAUGAACGUGAGCUUCCUUUCAGAUUAUCCGGACUUUUUCUCCUUCGUAGUGGUGCUGAUCCUGGCCGCACUGCUCGCGUACGGCGUCAAGGAAUCCACACUGUUGAACAACAUCUUCACCGGAGUGAACUUGUGUGUUAUUGGGGUCGUGCUGGUCGCUGGUGGCAUGAACUGUGAUCCGGCCAACUGGAAUAUCAAGCCGGAGGACAUCCCCGAAGGCAUCGACGGUGGCGUGGGAGGAUUUGCUCCAUAUGGCUUUGCAGGAAUCAUGGCUGGAGCGGCAAAGUGUUUCUACGGCUUCGUAGGAUUCGAUUGUAUUGCUACUACAGGAGAGGAAGCUAAGAACCCCAGCCGUAACAUUCCAUUGGCUAUCGUGAUCUCCUUGAUCAUCAUUUUCCUGGCCUAUUUCGGUAUUUCUACUGUGUUAACUAUGGCAUUGCCAUACUAUCUACAAAAUCCGGAUGCUCCAUUUCCGCAUCUGUUCAAUCAGCUCGAAUGGCACGCAAUCAAGUGGAUCGUGUCGAUCGGUGCAAUCUUCGCUUUGUGCACCAGUUUGCUUGGCGCUAUGUUCCCCCUACCUCGUGUUCUGUACGCCAUGUCUUCCGAUGGAAUCAUCUACAAGAAAUUGCGCACGGUUCAUCCGAAAACGCAAACUCCCGUAUUCUCCACUAUUUUGGCGGGACUUCUGGCCGCUACAAUGGCUAUGUUGUUUAACCUGCAGCAGCUGAUUGAUAUGAUGUCGAUCGGUACAUUGAUGGCCUACACGAUCGUCGCAGUAAGCGUUCUUGUGUUGAGAUAUGAGGAUCGAACGCUUGUACAGAGUACAAACGUUACGAUACCGAACGUGUUCCGACAACUAUUCAACGUGGACAAGCUGCAGAACCCAACCACGCUGUCGUCGAGCAUAGUGAAAUUCGGCAUUUGCGUUUUCGCCAUCCUCGUGUGUGCCGUGUGUACGAUCUUCAUUGUGGCAACCGAUGAGCUUGCCGAAGCAUAUCCGGGAACAGUAGCAGCCGUUUGCGUACUGGGUGCCUUCAUGAUUCUGUUGAUCAUCAUCACUGCCCUCCAGCCAACCGAAAGCACCAAACUAACGUUCAAAGUUCCUCUGGUUCCCCUACUGCCCAUGUUGAGUGUAUUCUUCAACCUGUACCUGAUGUUCCAGCUGGAUGCCGGGACGUGGGUCCGAUUUGCCAUAUGGGUCAUUAUCGGUUACAUCAUCUACUUCACGUAUGGAAUCAAACAUUCCGUGGAAGGCGCGAUGGCCAAAGAAAUUCCAGUGAACGGAAAUGGCGUCACUGUGCUGAAGAAUGGAAUCGAUAACAACGCUUUUGAUGGAAGUCACGACAAAUUUGUAUCGACCGUGCCGGCCGAGAACCCUCGAAGAAGUUCGAAAAACUCCUACUCACUCAACAACGAAUAGCUAAGUGGCAGGACAUUCCAGCAAGAGGCAUUUCCGUACACUUGAGGAUGUUUAGUGGAUAAGUACAAAUAAUCAAGAGAGUAUAUUAGGAUAUAUUAGCUCUCUCGAAUCGAUUUUACUUUGAUGAAAGGGCACUUGCCGUUGCCGAGUGGCCAGCAGGAUGUUUCAAGUGUAUUAUAGACAUUAGAAGUCGUGGUAUUUUUGCAUAGUUGAAAUUUUACCAGAGUAGAUAAGAACCAGACGCUUAGUGAUACUAAAUGUGGUCUUAAAAAAGUAUUUUCCUGCUCCCGUCUGGUGUCGCGAAUGGGAUGCACGUACCUAUGCAGUAGUUAUGAGGCGACACAGAAACAAUGCUUGUGAUAAAUGAAUUUAAGGGUACGAUUUUUACUUUUUAUCAAUUUAAACGAUAAAUCACGACAAUAUUUUAAGACAGCAGAGAAGUAAUGCCUAAUUUUAAAACCAAUGUACAUUAGACACCUCAAAACCAGAUUGUGUCCUAAGUUGUAAUUGAGCAAAACCUAAUAAAUCAAGAUUAACGUAA